CGCAAUUUAUUGGUAAACAUUGAGGAGAAAUAAUUUUUUCGGUUGUGAUUAAUAUCCUUUGUUUUUUUUAAUUAACUUAUUGUUUAUAAUUUUGACAGUAAUUAAAAACUGUAGCCAUGGCCUUGAAGCAGCACUUUUUAACUUGUACAGGUCACACAAGACCAGUUGUGUUUCUAAAUUUCAGUGGAAUCACUGAGGAUAAAUAUUAUCUCAUCUCUGCAUGUAAAGAUGGUAAACCAAUGUUACGUCAAGGUGAAACUGGUGAUUGGAUUGGUACCUUUGAGGGACAUAAAGGAGCAGUUUGGGGAGCAGCUCUUAAUGUCGAUGCGACAAAAGCAGCGACUGGAGCGGCUGAUUUUAGUGCUAAACUUUGGGAUUCAAUUAAUGGAACUGAAUUAGCCUCAUUACCUCAUCGUCAUAUUGUUAAAUCUGUUUCCUUUAGCUCGGAUAGUGUUCAACUUGCUACUGGAAGUAAUGAAAAGUUGAUCAGAAUAUUUGAUCUCAAUAGACUUGAUGCUGAACCUUUAAAGAUCACUGGCCAUACAUCGUCUAUUAGACAUGCAUUAUUUCUUAAUGAUGAUAGAUGGUUAAUAUCAGCAUCAGAUGAUAAAACAAUUCGACUCUGGGAUUUAACAUCUCUCCAAGAGAUCCAAAGACUAGAAUUUCCAACCAUUCCAAAUGAUAUUGAACUUUCAUCAGAUAAAAAUCUUCUCACGGUUGCUUCAGGUUCAUCAGUUAGUUUCCAUGAGACUUUAAGUUUAUCCAAAGUAAAUGAGUACCAAGUACCAACUAAAGUGUAUACAGCAUGUUUAUCUCCUGAUAAAAGUGUUUUCGUUUGUGGGGGCGAAGAUUUCACAAUGUACAAGUAUCAAUUUGACGAUGGAACAGAACUUGAUUCUUUUAAAGGUCAUUUUGGUCCGUUACAUUGUAUCCGAUUCUCACCUGAUGGUGAACUUUAUGCCAGUGCUAGUGAAGACGGAACAAUCCGUUUAUGGCAAACAAUUGUUGGUAAAACUUAUGGACUUUGGAGAUAUGAGACGUAAUUAGUUGAUCCAAAUUAAGAGCUGAAAAUUUUGAGAGACAUUAAAUUGUAUUUUCCAUUCAACACAUCUUCUUAUGGCAUUCAUCUCAAUUUAGUUGGAUCUAAAUUGAGAUAAUCAAUAAAUAUAACAUUGCAGAGCAAAAGUAAAACAAAAAAAGGGAGAGGAAAAGGCGAAACAAUUUACUUUUAAAUCAUUGAAUUAACUUUUUUCCAAAUCAAAUGAUCACAAUUUAUGUUUCAUUGUCAAAAUUUUGAUUACUUUGAAAAUUAAGGAAACUCAAUGAGAAAGGAUUUCACAUGUUGUAAAAAUCACUUAUUUUAAAGUGUAAUCAGUGUAUAAAUAUUUUCCAAUUUAAGUGAAGUAUUUAAAUUGUCUUCGAACUGUUAAAAUUAAUCAACUCAAGGAGAUUAAAAAUAUUGAUCAUCAAGAAA